CUGAACCCCUAAGAUAUUGACGAAAAAGAAAACAAUUUCCUAUGGAAGCACCAAACAACACCGCCGCACAUGUUCCAGAGGAGAUAGGGACAAAGAUACUAGUAAAGUUACCAUUGAGAAGCAUCUCCAGAUUCAAAUCGGUGUGUAAAACAUGGAAAUCAGCAACAGAAUCUGUAUAUUUCCGCUGUCUCUUUGUGUCUCUACACCAAAACACCUUUUCAUGUUGGUCAUUACUUUUCCAACGAAGAGAGCUCAUAGACUUCCAUGGAUGCAAGACAUGGGGUCUCCCAAAGUCGUUAGGUUCUUAUAUCCAGAAUAUGAAAAUAAACGGUAAAUAUAAAUUCGAAUAUAUAGCUUCUUCAAAUGGAUUGGUUUUGAUGCAUAGAUUUUUUGGUACUUCAACGACCUAUGUGGGUAAUCCAGUGUUACAACAGUGGGUUGAAAUCCCUACCCCUCCGAAUUUAUUUACUGUCCUGUGUGGUUUGGUGACGCUUGUUGACGAGGACAGUGUUGUUUUGAGCUUCAAAGUGGUUAGGACUGCUUCAAUGAAAAGGAGUCAAAAUGGAUAUGUUUUGAGUUAUUUUGUUUAUUUGUCUGAGACAGGUAUUUGGAUUUACAAACAACUUUACUGCCCUGUUUACUCCCCCAAAUUAGCUCGUCCUAUGAGUAUGAAUGGGACGUUUUAUUUCUACCUAGUCCAUUCUAAUAUUUCUGGGCAGAGAAAACUUAUGGCUCACGAUUUCUAUGGUGAAUCCAAUAAAUGUCAAUUUAUACCUCUCCCCGAUCAGGAUAACAAUCAUCGCAGAUGGCACUUCAAAACAGCUUUGACUACAUCCAGCGGGUUUGUCAUGUAUGUCAAAACAUUUUCCCAAAGGGGAGACAAUCUUUUGAAGGUUUGGAGACUGAUCAAUGACGAUUCAGCUUGGCAACUUAUGUGGGAGAUCACACUCCCAUUUAUCCAGUUUGAUAAAUGCUAUUAUGCACAAGUGGCAAUGCAUCCGUUUGAUAGUAAUAUUGUGUAUUUCUGGAGUCAAGAACACCGUUAUUUGAUAUCAUGUAACUUGCAGACACAAAACUACAAAAUCUUCGGAGAUGAUGAGUCACAACAUCAAGAUUGUUUCAUCAACCAGUCUGCUUGUGAGAAGCAUAUGGAUCAGAUAUACGAACCGAUUUCGGGGGUUAUAGAUCCUGUCAUCUUAUAUCAAUUUGUGCUCCCACGGUGGAUGGAAUCAGUGCCUCGUCCUCCCCAAGUUGAGAUAAUAAAUACAACUUCACUACUUUCUCACGUUCCUUCAAGGGACCUAGUUACGUACAUCAAUGCAUAA